AUGACGUCUACCGAAUCUGAAUGGCUCUCGCAGCUCGCUACUAUGAGGCAGGUCAUCGCCGACUUGAAUCUCCCAAAAAACCUGCCCUAUGAUACCACUAGCUAUGGAAGCGACGUCGAAUUGGAUAUUGAUGAUGAAUAUUCCUCCCCCGGCACAGUGGAUGACGUCUGGGAUAUUAUAAGCUCCGACGACGAGACAGACGACUUGGACGAGUACGAAUACAACCACUUUGCGACUGCGCCUCUCUCGACAGGACUAUACGAUCGGAGCUGGCUAGAGGCGAAAUGUGAGGAUGUCGCCGUGCGAAGCUCCAUGAACGCUUCUGAGCUGUCUCAGCAAAUUAUUGCCACACUGGUUGCCGAAAGUGACGAUGCGGAACUGCAGAUGUCGCUCGCAGAAAUUGUGGGGUUCGACGACCUGGAUUUGGUUAUAGAACUGAUUACACAUCGGGUGGACAUCUUGUCAGAUAAACCACAGAGAGUGGCGGCACAGUCAGACGGAUUAUCAGCUGGAAGACUCUUGACUAAAGCGGAAAGAGAGGAUGCUCUGUGGCAACGUGAUUACGAGCACAAGAAUACUCCAUUGAUGCCAGCGCAGACCCGAACUGAGCCGAUGUAUCCCCAUGUCUAUAAGCUUCAUGCUUCUGGGAACCUUGCGGUUGGUGGUAAGAAAUAUGGGCUUCCAGUAGGAAGUGAAGUGGCCGAAGAACCCAAAUAUACCGAAUAUUCGAUCCCUGCCUCCAGGGUCGGUGCAGCCGCAAAGAACCAGAAGCUGGUUGAGAUCGCGGGACUGGAUGGCCUAUGUCAGGGAACAUUCAAAGGCUACAAAGCUCUUAACCGAAUGCAGAGCUUGCUCUACGACGUAGCGUAUAAGACAAGCGAAAAUAUGUUGAUUUGUGCGCCCACUGGUGCGGGUAAGACCGACGCUGCCAUGCUGACCAUCCUCAACGCGAUCGGAAAGAACACGAGUCCAAACCCAUUGGAAGAGCCCCUUGCAGUGGAGUUCACAGUCGCAGUUGACGACUUCAAGAUUGUUUACGUCGCCCCUAUGAAAGCUCUGGCCGCUGAAGUGACAGAAAAACUCGGCAAACGUCUUGCGUGGCUGGGAAUCAAAGUCCGCGAAUUGACCGGUGAUAUGCAGUUGAGCAAGCGAGAAAUCGUGGAAACUCAGAUCAUUGUCACUACCCCUGAGAAAUGGGAUGUGGUUACCCGCAAGAGUACGGGCGAUACUGAACUCGUCCAAAAGGUUCGACUUCUCAUUAUCGAUGAAGUUCACAUGCUUCACGAUGAGCGUGGUGCUGUCAUUGAGUCUCUGGUUGCCCGAACCCAACGUCAGGUGGAGAGUACACAGUCCUUGAUCCGCAUCGUCGGUCUCUCGGCCACCCUUCCCAACUACGUUGACGUGGCAGACUUCCUCAAGGUAAAUAAGAUGGCUGGUCUUUUCUUCUUUGACUCAUCAUUUCGUCCGGUGCCUCUCGAGCAGCACUUCAUUGGUGUGAAGGGUAAACCUGGCUCCAAGCAAUCUCGCGAGAAUAUUGACGUGGUGGCUUAUGAAAAGGUCCGCGACAUGCUGGAGAGAGGCCAUCAGGUGAUGGUGUUUGUGCAUUCUCGUAAAGAUACCGUCAUGACAGCCCGCAUGUUGAAACAACUGGCAGCUGAGGACGGCUGUGAAGAUUUGUUCAGCUGUCAAGAUCAUGAAGACUACUCGUCAGCCCUGCGAGACAUGAAGCAUGCGCGUGCCCGCGAACUGCGAGAUCUCUUUGCUGGCGGAUUCGGAGCCCAUCAUGCUGGACUGAGUCGCAGUGAUCGUAAUCUCAUGGAACGUAUGUUCUCGGAGGGGUUGAUCAAGGUGCUUUGCUGUACAGCUACCCUCGCCUGGGGAGUGAAUCUUCCCGCUGCUGCGGUCGUCAUCAAGGGUACCCAGCUGUACAACGCGCAGGAGGGUAAAUUUGUCGAUUUGAGUAUUCUUGAUGUGCUGCAGAUCUUUGGUCGUGCGGGUCGUCCUCAAUUUCAGGAUACCGGUAUUGGCUUCAUCUGCACGACCCAUGACAAGCUGCAGCACUAUCUGUCUGCCGUAACCGCACAGCAACCGAUUGAGUCUCGUUUCUCAAAACGACUAGUGGAUAACUUGAAUGCCGAAAUCUCCCUUGGUACUGUAACUUCUGUCCCCGAAGCAGUGCAGUGGCUAGGCUACUCGUAUCUCUUUGUCCGUAUGAAACGUGAACCCAGAAACUACGGUAUCGAGUUUUCUGAGCUUCGGGAUGACCCCAUGCUAGUUCAAAGACGCCGACAACUAAUUAUUCAGGCUGCUCGAACUCUUCAGAAAAGCCAGAUGAUCAUCUUCAAUGAAAAGACCGAAGAUCUCAAGGCCAAGGACGUCGGUCGUAUUGCUAGUCAGUACUACGUCCUGCAAGGCAGUAUCGAGAUUUUUAACGAAAUGAUGCGCCCUCGCGCAGGCGAGGCCGAUGUCCUUAAAAUGAUCAGCAUGAGUGGCGAAUUUGACAAUAUCCAAGCUCGAGAGAGUGAGUCAAAAGAGCUGCAACGGCUACGCGAUGAAGUCGCCCAGACAGAGGUCGAAGGUGGAAAUGACUCGCCGCAUGCUAAAACGAACAUCCUCCUUCAAUCGUAUAUCUCCCGUGCGAAGAUCGAGGACUUUGCAUUGGUAUCGGACACGGGAUAUGUUGCGCAGAACGCGGCCCGUAUCUGCCGCGCCCUGUUUAUGAUUGCGCUGAAUCGCCGCUGGGGCUAUCAAUGCCAAGUGCUUUUGUCUCUAUGCAAGUCGAUUGAAAAGCAGAUUUGGCCCUUUGAUCAUCCCUUCCACCAAUUUGACCUUCCACAGCCAAUCUUGAGGAACUUAGAUGAACGGCUGCCGACAUCUUCCGUAGAAUCAAUGAAGGAGAUGGAGAGUGCUGAAAUCGGCCAACUUGUCCACAAUCACAAGAUGGGCAAGGUCUUGACCAAGCUCUUGGAUAACUUCCCCACUCUUAGCGUCGAAACGGAGAUCGCACCGUUGAACCGGGAUGUUCUUCGCAUUCGGCUUUCAAUCUACCCAGAGUUUACGUGGAAUGACCGCCACCAUGGCGCUUCCGAGUCGUUCUGGGUCUGGGUGGAGAAUUCCGAGACCUCUGAAAUCUACCAUCACGAGUACUUCAUACUGAACCGUAAAAAGUUGUACGAUGAACACGAACUAAAUUUUACUAUCCCACUGUCCGACCCGCUUCCAAGCCAGAUCUAUAUACGAUUAAUCUCCGACCGUUGGCUCGGAGCAGAAACAGUCAGCCCAGUUUCAUUCCAGCAUCUGAUCCGCCCAGAUACCGAGAGCGUGUACACCGAUCUAUUGAAUUUACAGCCUCUGCCGGUCUCUGCGUUGAAAAACCCUAUCCUGGAGGAACUGUACGGCCAGCGCUUCCAGUUCUUCAACCCGAUGCAAACACAAAUCUUUCACUUGUUGUACCACACAGCUGCGAAUGUUCUUCUCGGUUCCCCUACGGGCAGUGGAAAGACUGUGGCUUGUGAACUAGCGAUGUGGUGGGCAUUCCGCGAGAAGCCUGGCUCAAAAGUGGUAUACAUUGCGCCGAUGAAAGCCCUUGUCCGUGAGCGUGUGAAGGAUUGGUCCAAACGCUUCACUCACGCCAUGGGACUGAAGCUGGUUGAGUUGACCGGUGACAACACUCCCGAUACCCGAACGAUUCGAAACGCCGAUAUUAUCAUCACCACGCCUGAGAAGUGGGACGGUAUCUCACGUAGCUGGCAAACCCGAGACUAUGUGCGUAAGGUCAGCCUCGUCAUCAUUGACGAGAUUCAUUUGCUGGGCGGCGAUCGAGGACCUAUUCUUGAGAUCAUUGUCUCGCGAAUGAACUACAUCGCCUCUCAGUCCAAGGGCUCUGUCCGUCUUAUGGGCAUGUCGACUGCCUGUGCCAAUGCCAGCGAUCUCGCUAACUGGCUUGGUGUCAAGGAGGGAUUGUACAAUUUCCGGCACUCUGUUCGUCCGGUUCCUCUCGAGAUUUUCAUUGACGGAUUCCCGGAACAACGGGGCUUCUGUCCUCUGAUGCAGUCUAUGAACCGACCAACCUUCCUGGCAAUCAAAAACCAUUCUCCUGAAAAGCCGGUUAUUGUCUUUGUGGCCUCUCGUCGACAGACUCGUCUCACUGCCAAGGAUCUGAUCAAUUACUGCGGCAUGGAAGACAAUCCUCGCCGAUUUGUCCGCAUGUCGGAGGAUGACUUAGAAGCUAACCUGGCCCGUGUAAAGGACGAUGCUCUGAGAGAGGCUCUCAAUUUUGGCAUCGGUUUGCAUCAUGCUGGUCUGGUAGAGUCUGAUCGACAGCUCGCUGAAGAGCUCUUUGCGAACAAUAAGAUCCAGGUUCUUGUCGCCACCAGCACUCUCGCCUGGGGUGUCAACCUGCCGGCACACUUGGUCGUAGUGAAAGGAACCCAGUUCUUUGAUGCUAAGAUCGAGGGAUACAGGGACAUGGACUUGACGGAUGUCCUCCAGAUGCUGGGUCGUGCUGGACGUCCCCAAUUUGACAAUUCUGGAAUCGCUCGCAUAUUCACCCAGGACUCCAAGAAGGCGUUCUACAAGCAUUUCCUGCACACUGGCUUCCCGGUGGAGUCAACCCUGCACAAAGUCUUGGACAACCACUUGGGCGCCGAAGUAUCUGCCGGAACUAUUGGAACCAAGCAGGAUGCCCUCGAUUACUUAACGUGGACUUUCUUCUUCCGCCGACUGCACAAGAACCCGUCGUACUAUGGUCUUGAGAUCUCAGCUGAGGAGCAAAACACCAUGGCUGCUCAGGCCGUAGCCCAGGACUUUAUGAUUGAGCUCGUGGAUAAAUCUCUCAAUGACCUGGCUGAGUCUUCCUGUAUCCUCGUAGACUCUGCGACCGGCGAGGUUGACUCUACGCCCUUUGGCAAGAUCAUGAGUUACUAUUACCUCUCGCACAAGACGAUCCGAUACUUGGUGUCGCAUGCCAAGCCCGAUCCCACCUUCCAAGACGUCUUGAGCUGGAUGUGCUCUGCUACUGAGUUUGACGAGCUGCCGGUCCGCCACAAUGAGGAUCUGAUCAAUGCUGAACUUGCAUUGAACUUGCCUCUCUCUAUUGAAUGCAUGGGUGAUAUUCCAAUGUGGGACCCUCACGUCAAGGCCUUCUUGCUGCUGCAGGCCUACAUGUCGCGGAUCGACCUCCCAAUCUCUGAUUAUGUGGGUGAUCAGACAUCCGUCCUGGAUCAGGGCAUUCGUAUUAUUCAGGCUUCCAUCGAUGUCAUGGCCGAAAUGGGUUAUGUCCUCGCGUGCCAGAUGUUGAUGACUCUGUUACAGUCCAUCAAAUCCGCCCGCUGGCCAGAGGACCACCCCUUGUCCAUCCUUCCCGGCGUGCAAGUCGAGAAGCCACCACGCGGUCUUCCCUCGACGCUUGUCGCUCUCUCUUCUCAAUCUGUGUCUAGUCUGGCUAAAAACUUGCACCUUCCGGCACAGUUCACCCGCGCCGCAUCUCAAAUCCCCCUUCUUUCCCUCGCUGUUACUGGGGUCACUUCCCGGGGUAUUAAUGUGAACCUCACACGCCGCAAUCCAGCCACAAAUCCUGAGUAUAGGAUCUAUGCUCCGCGCUUCCCUAAGCCGCAGACAGAAGGUUUCUUCCUUGUCGUGAGUAGUGCUAAUCCGGAUGGAAGUGACGGAGAGCUACUUGGUCUGAAACGCGUCUCAUGGCCUCCAGCUUCCAAGCAGGAUGGCUACAAGGGUCGCGGCAAAGGCAAAAGCGAAGGCCCACUCACAGUGCGGUCCUCACUCAAGUUCCCUGGCUUUACCGCGGGCAUCACGAAGGUCAAUGUCAAGGUCAUCAGUGACUCAUACAUGGGCAUGCAAUGGAUGGUAUCAAAUGUGGAGGUGGAAUUAAGUUCUAAUACAGUACAGACAGUAGAAGCAUCAUCUAGCACUCCCCAGAAGGGGGAGUAA